UAUGGGCAUUCCAAGGCAAAGGUGUAGAGACUUUGAGGAGCGUGGUUUUUGCCUAAGAGGAGAUAUGUGCCCUCUGGAGCAUGGAGUAAAUCGCAUCAUUGUUGAAGAUGUUCAGAGCCUUUCUAAGUUUAAUCUUCCUGUUUCACUUCCCGGUGCUCAUAUGCUGGGACCAGUUACUGCACAAGGAUCUUUACCUGCAAUAGGCCCCUCAAGCUCAUUGGCUAAUAAAGCUUUACAUAACAAAAGUAUCAACCCUCCAGUGAUUGACAAUGGAUUAGGUUUGACUGAUACUUUUGGUGGUGGUUCUGUGGCUGGGGGAGCUGAUUUCUAUGAUCCUGAUCAGCCUUUAUGGUCAAAUGAUCAUCCUGAAAAUUCAGCAGCACUCUUGGAUGUAAAUCGGUCUAAAAUUGAUGAUGCGGGGACGAUGCUGGAUGCAGACUCCUCUGAUCAGGAUCAGGUUGCGCUUUGUGAUGGCUUUAAACUUAAGCGUCUAAAUAGAGAUGCUGGAGCAGCUUCAGGAUCUCAAAGCAUUCAGGGUGUAAACCGUCAUGGUAAGCAAACAAAUGUAGAUACCAUAGACCCGCAAAUGAUGGAAUCAUCUUCAGAGCCCCAAAGUAGUUCUGGACGCAAUAUGCGAAAACCAUCUCAAAAGGCACUCCGUACUCUAUUUGUAAGUGGGAUUCCACAGAAAGACAACAAACCAGAAGCUCUUCUUUCACAUUUUCAAAAAUUCGGGGAGGUUAUCGACAUUUACAUCCCGAUGAAUGGUGAACGAGCUUUUGUUCAAUUUUCUAAGAGGGAAGAAGCUGAGGCUGCUUUAAAAGCACCAGAUGCUGUGAUGGGCAACCGCUUUAUAAAGCUUUUCUGGGCAAACAGGGAUCGCAUUAUGGAUAAUGGAGCAAGUGGUAGUAGUAAUUUUCCAUUAGCUCCCCGCGGUGGGACACGCAGUACGGUUCCACCCCAUCUAUUGGUUCCUCAUAAAAGGAAAGACAAUCUGCAGACUGUAGCCCGAAAAACUGCUGAACAUGGUACUGUUGCUCCGUUAGCCACCUCUGAUCUGCCCAAGCCCGUGGCUCAGAAUGGUCUCAAAACUACACCACCUUUGAAGAAAAAACUGGAAACUUUAGAACUUCUGAAGGAAGAAAUGCGCAAGAAGCAGGAGAUGCUUGAGCAAAAGCGUAAUGAGUUCCGACGCAAGUUGGAUAAACUUGAGAAGCAAGCUGUGGGUGUGAAAGAUGAAGCAGCGCCAGAUCAGGCUAUGAACAAACCAAAGGGAGGAGGAACAGUUUCCAACUCUGGUAAAGUGGAAAAUUCAAUCCCCGUAGAACCUAGUAACACUGUGUCAUCACCACCAUCUGAAGCAACACCAGAUAGUAGCAGAUCUACAGAGAAUGCCGAACCCAAUUGUUCAAAAUCAUCUUCGACUGUUGCAACGCAUGACGCUUCAAACUUGAAGCAGUCAAUUCGUCCAUUGGCACCGGUGGGCGCACCUUUUAUCUUAAAUAGAUACAAACUAGAUAACCGCCCCACCGCAUUCAAGCUCCUUCCACCUCUACCAAGUGCUCUGGCAAACGUUGACGUCCUGAAGGAGCACUUUUCUACUUUUGGUGAUCCUCCUUCUGUUGAGCUGGAAGAUUUGGAACCUCAAGAUUGUAAUAAUGGCACAGAGGUGCAAAAUACAUCUGCUAAGAUAUCUUUCCGAUCACGUCGUUCUGCUGAAAGAGCAUUUCAGAAUGGUAAAUCCUGGCAAGGCCAAAUUCUGCAUCUUAUGUGGGUGCAAUCCAGUAAUCCUGCAAAGGAUGUUGGUGUUGGAGAAAAUGUCACUCCAGCUUCAAAGCAGCCUUCAGAUGCUAAUGGGCAAUCCAAUGCAAAAAUUGGUGUGGCAGGUCUACCGGAAGGAAGUGUGGCAGGGAACCAUGAACCUGACAAUCAAGGAAGAAGAGAAGAUGAAUGAGAUUCUGCGUCUGGUUAACAGUUAGCUCAAUGUGAUUGAUCAUGAUGAUGGCCUGAUUUUCGGAGUUGUACAGCGAGAUAAGUUUUUAAAUCAUUUAUAUGUAAUUUUAGGAGUUAUUAGUGAUCAACAGAUUUCAGUUUCAAUUUUGCUUUCACAUUCUCUGCAAAUGUAAAGAAGAGUUUUUUGAUUCUAAACCAGCAGUCCUGUUGGUAAGCUGUACUGAAUUCUCUUUAGUAACUGGAUGCUCAGACAGAGUCUAGGAUUUACUACAGUUCUUACAAGAAAAGAAAAACAGAAUUAUGAAGAUGAGAUAGUGCCAGUCAUUUUUGGCCUUUUAUUUA